GCAUCCACAAUCACUCCGUCCCACUUCCUGUGCAUCCUCAGAAGAAUAUUCAUUUACCUAACCGCUCAAUGCUUCAAGAUGGAUGACAUUCCCUCCCCUGUUGUAUCCGCCUCAUGCUCCCCCGGGGGCUUGACGUAUGCGGAGGUCAUCAGGAUCCGACGAAACCUAGAUCGCAACACCGAUACCAUGUACGAAGACCUUCGCAAGAACGAGCUCGAAGCCUGGGAGCACCCUAGUCCGUUACUGUCUCACCCCUAUCUCAGGCAGUUGCCUCCAUUGCCCUCAACUCUCUCCCGGCGCGGUGCAGUGUCAGAAAACGAUUCUCCCGCUGACGUGCCAUACGCUGUGGGCGGUUUAGCAAGCGUGGCAGCUGUUCAACUUCUUAGAUCCUGUCUGAGAAACACGCCCGAGUUCCACAAAUCCCAAACGCCCACAAGCCUCAACAACCCAGACAUCAACCUCUACCUCCUUCGACAACACGAAGCCGCACAGUCCGAUAUGUCCUCACGAUUGGCAACCUGCGUGUGGACAUCCAAUAGCCUCCAGCCCCAGACAUAUACCACGGAGAUUACGGUCUGGGAUCCAAAGAGCACAGGGACUGACGGGGCUUUGAGUAGUCGUCCUGAAAGCUCCGAGAAACAGGAAGAACGACCAUCUAUCCGUCGCAUAGUAACGCCCGACAUCAGCUCAAUACUGCGUCGUGGUUCAACCCCCAAGUCUCCCAAAUCCCGAAGACGCAUGCCAUCUGAUGCUUCUCGCAGCAAUGGAACGGGGAGAAGAGCAACAUUUGCCUUCAAUAGCGGAUGGCAGACGCAGGAUGGUCUGGUUAAAUGGAACGAAGGCGCCCCUGGCCGCGACAGUCCGGAUAGCUCAAGGUCACCCGAUGACGACCUCGGAGGACCAUCCUCACCAGGCCAGACCCAAAACGACGACAGCCGCAAACAAUCACUCGAUAUGUGCUCUUGUCCAGAUCUGGGAAGGGAGAAGGACGACGAGGAAGCCGAACGUCCAGAUCUACCACGCAGGCGAACAGAUGGCCCCCAGGUUCACUGUCCGCACCACCAUUUCAGAAACGUAUUCCAACGCUCCCAAUCCGUCUGCCCAGGCGAACUACAACUAGAUACCCACCGGAUCCAGGACCCACGAAGUCGGCGCCGCUUGAACCGCGAAGAUGAGUUAUUCUUGGACUCACGAACAGGCGCUGCGGGGCCACUCAACAACGCUUCGGCGCAAGAAUACUCCCCAAAGCUGCUUGCCAUCGCCGGCGUGAUGAUCGCAACCGGGGAGCUUGACCGACUCUCGCUGAGGAGUAGUCAUAGUCACCGUCACUCUCUGUCUCAAGCUUCACAGGUCAGCAUCAGCAGCUCGCAAGACUCGGAAGAGGAAGAGGAAGAGCUAGAGCUACCUCCUCUGCCGCCGAUCAAAACUGGCGCAGGCAGACGGAAGACGCGCGCCAUUGCUCGACCUGGCACAGGGACGCCUACAGCUCAAGCACCGUUUGGGUCAUCAUCAUUUCGCGUGAAGAGACCGGCCCCACGCCGGUUGUCAGAACUCUGGAACGCUUCCUGGGAUAAUGAUCAAGAGGAUGAUGAGGAUGAUUCGGGUCCUUCGGAAAAGCAGUCGAGUUCUCCCGGUCUAUAUGAUUUGGAUUCCCCCAGGUUCACCGGCGCUCGCGAAAAUGACGUGAGCCCCGGGGGCGGAGCAAAUGCAGAGACUCCCCGGCUUUCGUGGCCGCCAAACCUGAACCGCGUGGACCAGUCGCUCAGGGAACAGGGGGGAUAUUUUGGAGGAGGAUUGAACGAGGAGGAUAUUAGUCCACAGGACGACGGGAGAAGCCCGGGGUGGAAGGAGACGGAGGAGAGAAGAAGCAGCAACCUCACUCUCCGAAAUGAUGGGGACCCGAGUGAUGGGAACCCUUCGGACACGUCACCUUCUACCUGUGAAUGCACGCAUUGUGAGCACGCUGGGUAUUUUGUCAAGGUUGCUGAUGACGCGGCUGGCCAUGAUGAGCAUAAGGUGGAAUUGAACGAGGAUGAAGUUGGAGGGGUGAUGCAGCGGUCGGGGUCGAGUCAGACGAUUAUUCAUACACCUACGAGGCAUUCGAGCCAGGAGGCGGAAGAUUGA